GUGAGACGAAACAAUUACGAAGAGGCUUCUGAGGUCACCACUUGCCUUCUCAGCGUUUAUUCCACAUGGCUUUGAAUGCUACACACCUGCGAGUCACCGUUGCUGCCGCUCCGCCGUGGGUACAGCCGGAAUACAAAGGGGAAAAACUCCACAUGGCCGGCAUAUUUGGCCACAUUCUGCAAGCACUCGCUGACUUCGUUCCUUUCAGCUUCGACGUCACAUACGACCCCCAGCGUUCUUUCGGCACCCGCCUCGAGAACGGCAGCUACACCGGCAUCAUCGGACUUCUGCAGAAAGGGGAGGUUGACCUAGCCGCCGCCUCCGUGUUCUUGCAGUCUGACCGCGCAGAGGUGGUGACGUACGCACCCGUCAUGUACACCAGCCACUGCGCGCUGAUCGCUGUCGCCGGGGCGCCUUCUGUCAACGCGUUCGGAUACCUGCUUGUCUUCGACUGGCAGGCAAACUUCUCAUACGCACUGGACCUGCCCAUAUUUUAA